ACUUGUGAUCCAAUUCCAAGCCCCUCUCUCUUGACUCUCUCUCUUUAUCUCUCUCUGCGACUUGGGAAGUUCGUUCAGACUUUUUGGGGCAGAUGAAGUGCUUCCAUUUCACUAAUGGGGAGAGGCGGGACGACGAGGAACCCGGCGUCGUUUGUCGGGCGGCGUCGAAGGUGUCGUGGGCGCGUUCACUCAGCGUGGCCUCCAGCAGCUACGACACCACUCGGCGGUCUGAGUUCGACUUGGACUCGAGGGACCUGUCCGACUCGGUCGCCUUCCAGGAGUUGCUGAGCCUGCGGCGAGCCAAUGAUCUGAGGGUGUUCAAGUUCUCGGAGCUCAAGUCGGCGAGCAGAGGGUUCAGUAGGGCCCUGCUGAUUGGGGAAGGAGGGUUUGGGUGCGUUUACAGAGGGAUCGUCAAGGGCUCUGACGACGAUGCCACUAAAAUGGACGUUGCUAUCAAACAGUUGAAUCGUAAUGGCUUCCAGGGUCAUAAGGAGUGGAUUAAUGAAGUAAACUUAUUGGGCGUUGUCAAGCACCCAAAUCUUGUUAAGUUAGUGGGAUACUGUGCAGAAGAUGAUGAAAGGGGGAUUCAACGGCUUCUGGUUUAUGAACUUAUGCGUAAUAAAAGCUUGGAGGACCAUCUAUUGGUUCGAUUUCCAUCAUCUCUCCCAUGGAUGACAAGAUUAAAAAUUGCUCAAGACGCAGCACGUGGAUUGGCAUAUCUGCAUGAAGAAAUGGAUUUUCAGAUUAUAUCUGCAAGUAAAUGCCUCCGCCACUUUUCUCAUAUUCGGUGGCCUAUAUUUUCUUUAGAUGAGGACUUCAAUGCAAAGCUUUCGGACUUUGGACUGGCAAGGCAGGGACCUCCACAGGGAACAAGUCAUGUUUCUACAUCUGUUGUGGGCACCAUAGGAUAUGCGGCGCCGGAAUAUGUACAAACAGGGAGGUUGACUGCCAAAAGUGAUGUAUGGAGCUUUGGAGUGGUUCUCUUUGAGCUCAUCACAGGAAGGAGGGCGGUGGAGAGAAAUUUGCCACGGAGUGAGCAGAAGCUUUUGGAAUGGGUCAGGCCUUAUGUUUCAGACUCAAAGAAAUUCCACCUCAUUGUGGACCCUCGGCUUGAAGGACAGUAUUGUAUCAAAUCAGCUCAAAAACUUGCAUCAUUAGCUAACAGGUGUCUAUCAAAACAACCAAAGUCUCGCCCAAAAAUGAGUGAGGUGGUUGUGGUUUUAGGAAGCAUCAUAGAUGAGCUGUCAUCUCAAGAUGAGGUUGUCCAUGAACCUGUUAUUGAAACUGAAGAAGCGAAGGAAGAAACUGUGGAGGAGACCGAGAUCGAGACUACCAAACAAGGAAACAAAAAAAGGGUUUUCGAUAUAAGAGAAAUGGUAAACUUUAGAAACAAAUCUAUUGGGAAGCUAGAUUGGAGAAACUGGACCCCUGGGUUGAUAAGAACUUGGUGAUUAAGCCAUUAGCCAAGUUUAUGGCAGAAGAAAAAAAAAAGAAAAAAAAAGCUUCAUCCAUUUGCUUUGCUCCCUGUCGGAAAUGAAAGAUGGGUGCAUUUCUACCUUCACAUUGAAGACAAUAGAUGCUUGUUCUUCAAAACUAAUAGAGGUAUGAGGUUCUUCUCCAUUUUUUUCUUUUUUGCCAGAUGGUUGUAAAUAUAAUUUGUAAAGGAGGCUGCACUUUAGAGGCAUGCAUCCUUUUCUGUAUUACACAAAAUGGGGCGCAAAUUCAUGUUCUCUCCCCUUAGUCCUAGUGAUGAGCGUGAAUAGAGGCAAUCGAAUGUUAAAUGUGUUUUGUAAUCCAAAAUGUUCUGUUAUUUAGGUUUACAAAGUACAAGCAGAUGUGGCGAUAUUUAUAAUUUCUGCUUAGUGGGAGAUG